AUGUGCUUAGGCUGGGACUGCACGCGGGUCAAAAACACAUCUUUAGUAGUGAAAGACUGCAAAGUCCUGCCAGCAUUGAAGGCAACACCCAGCACAACCAUCGAACUGAAAUGCCCAGUGGACGUUACACCAAGUCCCCAGAAUAUCUCCUGGUUUUUGAUAAAAGGAGGUGAGCCUCAAUCCCUCCCCUCUGGGCGGGUUCCAGUCAACCCAACAUCACUGUUUAUCCGGUCUGGGAGAGCAGGGGACAGCGAGUGGUACAGAUGUAAUUACACUUACAAGCAAACUCAACGCUGCUUUGACAUCAGAAUUCUAGUCCAAGGUGCUGUCGAGGUCACACCGUCUCCGGUCACUGCAGCACAGACUCAGCAAGCACUGACAAACACUGAAUCUCUCUCAGAGAAGAGUCAGGAGGAGAGCGGGGGAACAGCUCACACAGUUGUGUCUUCAGUCGCUCUUGGGAUUGUCGUCGCUGCUGCUGCAGUGAUAGGAGUGGUCAUUUACUGCUGCCGUAACACCCAGAGACUCCCACAGCAAACCCAGAGCUCACCAGCAGCAGGGACACUGACGCAGUCUGACCAUGUUUAUGAGACUGUGCCAUGCUCAGAUGAUCCUUUAAACCUACGAGUCAACUGUAUCUACCGUCGAUACGACAAUGAAAUCCCGAUCACGUUUCACUAUUAAAAGCUGCUCAAGAAAAGAAGAUGUUCCUGCUUGUUGUCUAAUCUGGAUGUGGACAUUGAUGCUGCAUCUAAAGAUAUGUGACAUCAGCUAAAACAAGAAGUUUUGAAGAUAUGAGACAGUUUAGUUUAGAAAUACAAUAUUUUGGAGUUUGGAUUUUGCUGUUUUUCUGCUUUCCCAGAUACAGAAACAAAUCGACACCUUAGGUUCGACCUGUUUAUGUAGUAAGUGCAGUUUGAAGUUAUGUCAAAAGAGCUAAAGUCCUGAACUAAACUGUAUUUUUGUGUUGAAAAGAAGAGUAACUGUGCUCAUAUUCCCCAUUUGUAACCGUCUAUUUUACUUUAAAUGAAAUAAAAACAUGAUCUUUCAUUAAAACCCUUAAUCCGAUUUGAAGAUAUAUCUGUAGGUUGAUAAAUGAUCACUCAUUUCUUGAAAACUUGUUUUUUACUUCAUUGAUGGUUGUGAAAUUGCUUCAGUUAGGUUACAAUAGGGACAAAAACACAAAAUAGAAAAAUAUCUAGUUCACAGCUUCUCAGGGUUGGUGGCUGCUUCUCUGUUGGAUUCUUUUUUCUGUUGUAGUUCUGCAUUAUUUACAUCCUCAUACAUGUGAGUCUGUGAAGAGGAAUUGGAGAAGAGUUUUUUACAUCAAGGUAUUUCAGCUCGACAAAAAGAUUCUGCAGCAAUCUUUGUUUCUAGCAUUAUUUUCUUGUUAUUGUCAUCUACCAUGUUUAGGGAACUGAUGAGUGUGGGGUCAAUUUUGUGCAGAUACCAAUAAAAGUCUGGAUCAAAUGUGAAA